AUGACCCACCCACCACCACCACCCGGCUUCCCAGUGCGCUGGUUUCGAGCCGACCCCAAACUACGCACAAGCGUCGCUGCGGAAGACAGCGAGCGCGGCCCGUUCGUCGCAGCCUGGGCCCAGAGGCUAAAUCGGGGUAGUAGUAGUCCCACCCGUCGACGGCUUGCUGGAACUACUACACUGGCUUUUGUUCUCUCUUCCGCCUGGGCACGGCAGCCAGAGCAUUCUUCGCGCAACACAACCACAACACGACACAACACCAGGGAGCACGGCAGACAGCAGUACCACGGGGUGACGGAUGCAUGCACCUCGCGCCCAUGGCUUCUGAUGCCCGGCACAACAAGUCGGCUGCGGCCAUGGACGCCGACGGACCUGUGUCCUCUUGCGGUUACCAGCGGGCGCCUAUACCCAACCAGGCCCUUGGCCGCCUCCGCGGACCCUCUCUGUCAAUAACCUCCUUGGGCAUUCCCAGGGUUGCCAAAACCAUGUACGAGCGAGCUUCUGAAACCCUGCUUGUCCUC